AUGACAGAGAAACCUUAUGAAUGUGAACACUGCGGUAAAUGUUUUGCACAGUCUGGUCAUUUGCAGCUUCACAAAACCACUCACAGUGAAGAAAGGCCUUUUGAAUGCAAGCAAUGUGGCAAGUCUUUUAAGCGCGCUGAAAGUUUGAAGUUGCACACAAGAUCUCACACUGGUGAAAAGCCUUUUGAAUGCAAGGAAUGUGGCAAGUGCUUUACUUCUCAGUCAGGGUUAAUAACACAUACUAGAGUCCACACAGGAGAAAGACCUUACGAGUGUAAACAGUGUGGCCUAUGUUUUAAGCAGUCAGGUACACUGAAUGUGCACAAAAGGACACACACUGGAGAAAAACCUUGCAAGUGCGAAUACUGUGGUAAGAGUUUCCUCACUACCAGCAACUUACGAUGCCAUGAGCGGAUCCACAAGGAAGUGAAGCCUUUUGAAUGUAAACAGUGUGGCCAGUGUUUUACGCAGAGUGGCAGUUUGAAACAACAUGAAAGAAUCCAUACUGGCGAAAAACCGUACCAAUGCAAACAAUGCGACAAGUGUUUCAAGAACUCAAGUGGUUUGCGGUCACAUGAAAGAACCCAUGCUGACAGGACACCUUAUAAAUGUAAACAUUGCGUUGUGUAUUGUACGACAUCUGGACGUUUGCGUCAGCAUGAAAGGACUCACACGGGGGAGAAGCCUUAUGCAUGUCAACACUGUGGCAAGUGUUUUAAUGAUAGAGGGGACUUGCGCAAACAUGAAUAUAUCCACACUGGAGUUAAACCUCAUCAGUGCCAGAAAUGUGGCAAGCGGUUUAUUCAAACAGUUCAGUUGCGAAACCAUGAAAGAAUUCACACUGGAGAGAAACCUUUUGCGUGCAAGCACUGUGGCAAAUGUUUUAAUCAACGUGGAACCCUGUGGAAACAUGAAAGAUCACACUCAGGAGAGAAGCCAUUUCAAUGUGAAAAAUGUAGCAGUUGUUUUAAUGCUAAAGGGAGUUUGACAAUACAU